GGCCAAUGGCAGCGCGCGCGGGCGGUUGGAGCGGCGAUGGUGGUCUGGGCGCUCAGUCGCGCCGUGCAGCUCCUGCUGGGGACGCUCUACCCGGCCUACGCCUCCUACAAGGCCGUCAGGAACAAGGACGUCCGGGAGUACGUGCGCUGGAUGAUGUACUGGAUCGUCUUUGCUCUCUUCAUGGCCACUGAGACCAUCACAGACACCUUCAUCUCCUGGUUUCCCUUCUACUAUGAGAUCAAAAUGGCCUUUGUGAUAUGGCUCCUCUCUCCUUACACAAAGGGGGCCAGUCUGCUGUACCGCAAAUUUGUGCAUCCCACACUGUCCAGCAAAGAAAAGGAGAUCGACCACUUCAUCUGCCAAGCCAAAGAACGUGGCUACGAGAGCCUUGUGAGCUUUGGGAAGAAGAGCAUCAAUGUGGCAGCCACAGCAGCUAUCCAGGGCCAGGGAGCCCUGGCAGGUCGCUUACGCAGCUUCAGCAUGCAGGAUUUGCGGGCCAUGCCAGAGACAGCCAUGGUGCAUUAUUCUGACCCCCUCUACCUGGAGGAACAGGAACUGUGUCGGCAACCAAUUGGGCAUAGGCCAGCAGUGCGGCAGCUGGGUUCGGAUAGCAAUGAGGAGGAGGAGGAGGACUUCUGGUCAGACUCUGAGCUGUCUGCCCCCUCCAGAGGCUGCCGCAAAGACCCCGCUCUCCCUAAGCUCUUAGCCAGGAGCCAAAGCCUUCGGCAGGGGAAGAAGAAGCUGCCAGCUAAAGAG